AAGCUAUAGCCACAAAACAUCUGGUGCUAGUAUACAUAGUAUAAUAAUAAGAUAAGAUCUUGUGCAAAAGUAGGAAAGUACUUUUUAUUGAAAGAACAUAACACUAGAAAUUAUUAUGAAUUUGAAAAUAAUAUUAAUGAGUAUCGUAAUUGCUUCGGCAACGAGUUCAAUAAUUGUGACAAGUACUGGUCCUGUGUUGGGAAAACUUGUUGAAGAUGAUAUGGGUGUGUCUUAUUACGCAUAUCAAGGCAUACCAUAUGCAGAAAGCCCGGAAGGACAUCUUCGGUUUAAGCCUCCUGUACCCAAGAAACCACGAACGACGGUAUGGAAUGCAACAAAAAAAGGACCAGUGUGUCCACAGGCUGAAGGCAAAUUUAAAAGAGAAGAAAUGAACGAGGACUGUCUACAUCUUAACAUUUUAGUGCCAGCCGCAAAUGAAACUAAGUUGCGACCAGUGUUUUUCUAUAUACAUGGCGGCGCUUUUAAAUCUAACGCAGGAAAUAUCGACGAAUAUGGACCACAUUUUUUUCUAGAACAGCAGAUUAUAUAUGUUUCUGUAAACUACAGACUCGGGGCCUUAGGAUUUCUCCAGAUUGAUACUGAAGAGGCAUUAGAAAAGGGAGUGGAAGCGCCUGGUAAUGCUGGAAUAAAAGAUGUUCUCCUAGCUCUAAAAUGGACCAAAGAUAAUAUCAAAAAAUUUGGUGGAAGAACUAUCACUAUUGGAGGAGAAAGUUCAGGUGCUGCAUUAGUUCAUUAUUUAUUAUUAACUGAAAAAUCGACCGGCCUUUUUGAACGAGCAAUAUUGAUGAGCGGUGGUGUUACUAACCAUAGAUUUUUCUCAAAUUAUCCCGAACAUCAUGCGUUAGCGCUAGCCAAAGCAUUGGGUUAUCCAACCGACGACAUUCCAGCUUUGAUGCAAAAUUUCAUAAACACCAAUGUAUUCGACAUUGUAGAAGCCCAAGAAAACUUAUAUAAAAAUAACAGAAACAUCAUGAAACCAUUUGCACCUUUUGUACCUUGUAAGGAGAGUGAAUCAUGUCAUGCAGUUUUGACAAAGCAUCCAAAGGAUAUAAUUCAAUCCGGCAUCCCACAGAAUAUACCUUUAUUAAUUGGUAUUAAUUCUGAAGAAGGUAUUUAUAUGUGGCCAUCAUUAAUAAAGAAACCAAUUCAAGAAUUGAAGCAAAAUUUUAGUUUAUGCAUUCCAUACGAUAUUGAAUAUCCAAUUAAUUCAAAAAAUUACAAAAGAUUGGUGGCAGACAUCAGUAACUUGUACUUUGGAGGAACAAAUCUGAGUGACUGGACGUUAACGAAUUUCUUCAAAUUAUUAUCGGAUACUCAAUAUGCAAGUAAUGUCGAUUUGUGGCUAAGAAUUCACACUCAAAAAAGUGAUAGUAAACCAGUAUAUUACUAUAAUUUCAACUUCGAUGGUGGUCUGAAUUAUGCUAAAAUAAGAUACAACAUAGAAUUUCCUGGCACAGCUCACGCAGACUAUAUAGGGUAUAUGUUUGUAACUGACGUUACCCGACCUUUACUCAAAGAUACCGAUCAAAGAACGAGGAACACGUUAAAGAAUACCAUAACAUAUCUAUCAAACUUCAUUAAAUGUGGAAACCCCAGUCCAAAAGGUCAUGGAAAUGAAGUUACAUGGCCAGAAUCCGGUAGACAGCGGUAUCAUUUAUUGCUGAACGAUACACCCAAGUUCGAAUUACAACCUCCUUUUAAAAUCCGAUUUGACUUUUGGGAUAGUGUCUACAGGACGUAUAGUAAUUAUUUAAAAAAAGGCGGUAUGCGGGAACCCAGACUUCCGCCAAACUUCGCUGCUUAAUUGGACGCUGAAUCGCAAAAUGAUAUUAUAAUUUCAAAAUAAGUACUUUAAUGUUUUUUUAUUGUACUCAGAACAUG